UACAAUAUGAUACAAUAAGCAGCUGUGAGGGUCAUGGUCACAUUUAUUGAAAAUCAUCCUUGGGGAUGAAGACUGCAAGACUUCUUAAAGAAAAGAACCAGCACAACGGAGGUCAUCAAUACAAUCUAACGACAAAUAAUGAGAUUUAUUAAACUAUAUGCAGUCCGCGCAUGCCUAAUUGCACUAGCUGUUGUUGAGAACAAAGCCCAGACAAAGUCAUCUUAUUACGCCCGGCAUCCGGGAAUCCAGCUUCAAGGUCACGUGAUCAAAAACAUUGCGACAUCAAACAUUUUGAAUUGCAUGUUUGAAUGCAGUAAAACACAGGGAUGCUUAUCGAUCAAUUCUCACAACACUGGUAACGCGAUACACUGUGAGCUUAACAAGUCAAACCGGUAUGGCAGGCAAGCAAACCUGAUUAAAACCAGUUUGGAUCACGAGUAUUUGGAAAUGGUAUUCGUUUGGCCCGAUGCUUGCUUUCAGAAACUGGAUGGUUGGCAUCGAGGCAAGUCUGCUGCCUAUAAGAUUGUUAAAGAGCCUGCAAACUUUCUAGAAGCUCGACAACGGUGUCAGAAAAUGUCGGCAGGCGCAGAUCUGGUGUCCCUUGCCGACAAAGAAGAGGAGGAAACCUUCGACCAGUAUCUUCAAGGCAUUGGAGACAUAAAUGAAAUUUGGAUUGGACUAAGUGAUCUUGCUAAAGAAGGGACUUUUGUUUGGUCUGAUGGCAAUAAUUCGACCUACACAAACUGGAUUAAUGGAGAACCAAAUAAUUAUAAUGGUAAUGAGCAUUGCACCAUUAAAAGGCUUGAAAACAGUUGGAUGUGGAAUGACGAUAAGUGUGAAGUAAAAGCUCCAUUCGCUUGCAAAGUGUUAUGCACGUAAAAAGAAGUCAAAUGACCACCCCACACCAAAAAAGUAUCCUAAUAUGGGUGGCUAGCUCAUAUAGCACCUAUGACAACUGACCUGUGUAGAAAGGGAAAUAUUCUGCUUAAACAUUACCCAUGCAUUAAUUGUAAUAUUUAAAAUGCAAUGCAUAUUUCGUAAGUACAUUUUUUCUCUGAUAGUCCAA